AAUGGGGAAGUUCUAUACCUUAUUUUCCUUUCUAGUUCUUUUGAUCAUCUCCAUACAGAAGGUUUUAGCUCUACCAACAUUGCCUCUUCAUACAAAUUCAAGAUGGAUUAUGGAUGAAGAUGAGAAAAGAGUGAAGCUAGCUUGUGUGAAUUGGGCUGGACACCUUUUAAUGGUGCCUGAAGGUCUAAGUAAGCAACCUUUGGAUAAAAUAUCAAAGAAGAUUGCUUCCAUGGGAUUCAAUUGUGUUAGGCUAACAUGGCCAAUAUUCAUGGUUACAAACCAGACCUUAUCCUCCAUGACUGCACGUGAGUCCUUCCUAAGUGCCAACCUUGUCGAAUCAGUCGCUGGCAUGCAAGUCAAUAAUCCAUCUUUGCUUAAUAUCACAGUUGUGCAAGUUUUCCAGGAAGUGGUUAAGAACCUUGGGGAGAACAAUGUGAUGGUGAUAUUAGACAACCAUGUAAGCAAACCUAUGUGGUGUUGCAACAGAUAUGAUGGCAAUGGCUUCUUUGGCGAUCGCUACUUCAAUCCACGCAUUUGGCUUGAUGGGUUAAACAAAAUUGCCACAUUGUUCAAUGGUGUUUCCAAUGUCAUUGGCAUGAGCCUGAGGAAUGAGUUGCGAGGACCUCGGACAAAUAACACCGUUUGGUACAACUUCAUGCAAAAAGGAGCAGAAGUAGUGCACGAUGCAAACCCUAAUGUUCUUGUUAUUCUGUCUGGUAAUGACUUUGAUAAAGACUUGGGAAUGCUUAAGAAUCAACCAGUGAAUGUUUCUUUCAAGGAGAAGCUUGUAUUUGAGAUUCAUUGGUACAGUUUUGCUGCCACUGAUGGUUGGAGGAAUGGCAACCCCAACAAUGUAUGUGCAAGUCAAGUGCAGUUUUUGAAGGAUCAUGCAUUCUUUCUAUUAGAUCAAGGUUAUCCAUUGUUUAUGAGCGAGUGGGGUGUGAAUCUAAGAGGAAAUGAUGUGGCUGAUAACCGAUUCUCAAGUUGUGCAUUCGCUCUUGCAGCUGAAUUAGACUUAGAUUGGGGCUUGUGGGCACUUAUGGGAAGUUAUUACUAUAGAGAAACUGUUAUGGCCAUGAAUGAAUACUAUGGUGUCUUGAAUUGGGACUGGUCAGAAGUCCGGAACUCAAGCUUCAUGCAGAGGCUCUCUGCUCUACAAUCUCCUUUCCGAGGACCGGGACUUUCUGAUCAUGAACAGUAUGAUGUAAUUUACCAUCCAUUCACGGGAUUGUGUGUCCCUAAGAGUUCAGAUGCACCACCAGUAGUGCCUGUUAAGCUUGGUUCUUGUGCCCAACCUGAAUCUUGGACCUAUACACCUGAAAAGAAUUUGCAAAUCAAGGAUGCAUAUUACUGCUUAAAAGCUGAUGGAGAAGGUAAACCUGUCAAGUUUGGAACUGAUGGUGAUUGCAAUAGCCCAACUGCCAAAUGGGAGAGAAUAACAAGCUCCAAGUUCCACUUCUCAACAAUGGUUGGCAAUACUACAUUGUGCUUGGAUUUAGGUUCUAACAACACCAUUCUCACAAAUCAAUGCAAAUGCUUGACUGGAUCAUGUGAACCUGCAACUCAAUGGUUUCAUAUCAUCCCUAGUACCAUACGUUAUGAUUGACAAUGUUUUG